GAUCUGACAGAAACAUCUUUGGCCCUCGGUGUCUGGACAUAGGAGUUGUCUUCAACUGUUCUGAAGUACAAGACCUUUUAAAUCACUGUAGAUAUGGACAAAGAAGAAAGGAAGACUAUCAAUCAGGGUCAAGAAGAUGAAAUGGAAAUUUAUGGCUAUAAUUUAUGUCGCUGGAAGCUUGCCAUAGUUUCUCUAGGAGUGGUUUGCACCGGUGGCUUUCUCCUGCUCCUCCUCUAUUGGAUGCCUGAGUGGCGGGUGAAGGCAACCUGUAUUAGAACUGCAAUUAAAGACUGUGAAGUGGUGCUGCUGAGGACUACUGAUGAAUUCAAAACAUGGUUUUGUGCAAAAAUUCGCUUGCUUUCUUUGAAAACUCAUCCAUUUUCGAGUCCAAAAUCUGUGGCUAAUAAGGUUUCAAAUGGCCAUGCUGUUCUUUUAACUGAAAAUUUGGCCGAAGAGAACAGGCAUGAGAUAAGUAAAUAUUCACAGACACAAUCAGAACAGAUUCGUUACUUUACCCACCAUAGUGUAAAAUAUUUCUGGAAUGAUACUCUUCACAAUUUUGAUUUCUUAAAGGGACUGGAUGAAGGUGUUUCUUGUACGUCAAUUUAUGAAAAGCAUAGUGCAGGACUGACAAAGGGGAUGCAUGCCUACAGAAAAUUGCUUUAUGGAAUAAAUGAAAUUUCUGUGAAAGUGCCUUCUGUUUUUAAGCUUCUAAUUAAGGAGGUUCUCAAUCCAUUUUACAUUUUCCAGCUGUUCAGUGUUAUACUGUGGUGCACUGAUGAAUACUAUUACUAUGCUCUAGCCAUUGUGAUUAUGUCUAUAGUAUCAAUUUUAAGUUCUCUAUAUUCCAUUAAAAAGCAAUAUACUAUGUUGCAUGACAUGGUGGCAGCUCACAGUACUGUGAGAGUUUCAGUUUGCAGAGUAAAUGAAGAAAAAGAAGAGAUCUUUUCUACAGAACUUGUGCCGGGAGAUGUUAUGGUCAUUCCAUUAAAUGGGACUAUCAUGCCUUGUGAUGCAGUACUUAUUAAUGGUACUUGCAUUGUAAAUGAAAGCAUGUUAACAGGAGAAAGUGUUCCAGUGACAAAGACGAAUUUGCCAAAUCCUUCAGUGGACAUAAAAGGAAUGGGAGAUGAAUUAUAUAGUCCAGAAAUACAUAAACGACACACUCUGUUUUGUGGGACUACUGUUAUUCAAACUCGUUUCUACACUGGAGAGCUUGUCAAGGCCAUAGUAGUUAGAACAGGAUUUAGUACUUCCAAAGGACAGCUUGUUCGUUCCAUAUUGUAUCCCAAACCAACAGAUUUUAAACUCUACAGAGAUGCCUACUUGUUUCUUCUGUGUCUUGUGGCGGUGGCUGCCAUUGGGUUUAUCUACACUAUUAUCAAUAGCAUUUUAAAUGAGGUGGAGAUUGGAGUAAUAAUUAUCGAGUCUCUUGAUAUCAUUACAAUCACUGUGCCACCUGCACUUCCUGCUGCAAUGACUGCUGGUAUUGUGUAUGCUCAAAGAAGACUGAAAAAAAUUGGUAUUUUCUGCAUCAGUCCCCAAAGGAUAAAUAUAUGUGGACAGCUGAAUCUUGUUUGCUUUGACAAGACUGGAACUCUUACUGAAGAUGGUUUAGAUCUUUGGGGGAUUCAACGAGUGGAAAAUACACGUUUUCUUUUGCCAGAAGAAAAUGUUUGCAAUGAGAUGUUGGUAAAGUCUCAAUUUGUUGCUUGUAUGGCUACUUGCCAUUCACUCACAAAAAUUGAAGGAGUGCUUUCUGGUGAUCCACUUGAUUUGAAAAUGUUUGAAGCCAUCGGAUGGAUUCUGGAGGAAGCAACUGAAGAGGAAACAGCACUUCAUAAUCGAAUUAUGCCAACUGUGGUUCGUCCUCCAAAACAACUGCUUCCUGAAUCUACACCUGUAGGAGACCAGGAAAUGGAGCUGUUUGAACUUCCAGCUGUUUAUGAGAUAGGAAUUGUUCGCCAGUUCCCAUUUUCUUCUGCUUUGCAACGUAUGAGUGUGGUUGCAAGGGUGCUAGGGGAUAAAAAAAUGGAUGCCUACAUGAAAGGAGCACCUGAGGUCAUUGCCAGUCUUUGUAAACCUGAAACAAUUCCUGUUGAUUUUGAAAAUGUUUUAGAGGAUUACACUAAACAGGGCUUCCGUGUAAUUGCUCUUGCACACAGAAAAUUGGAAUCAAAACUGACAUGGCAUAAAGUGCAGAAUAUUAGCAGAGAUGCCAUUGAAAACAACAUGGAUUUUAUGGGAUUAAUUAUAAUGCAGAACAAAUUAAAGCGAGAAACCCCUGCAGUACUUGAAGAUUUGCAUAAAGCCAACAUUCGCACUGUCAUGGUCACAGGUGACAACAUGUUGACUGCUGUCUCUGUGGCCAGAGACUGUGGAAUGAUACUACCUCAGGAUAAAGUUAUUAUUGCUGAAGCAUUACCUCCAAAGGAUGGAAAAGUUGCCAAAAUAAACUGGCAUUAUGCAGACACUCUAACACAGUGCAGUAAUUCAUCAGCAGUUGACUCGGAGGCAAUUCCAAUUAAAUCAGUCCACGAUAGCUUAGAGGAUCUUCAGGUGUCUCGUUAUCAUUUUGCAAUGAAUGGAAAAUCAUUUUCAGUGAUACUGGAGCAUUUUCAAGACCUUGUUCCAAAGUUGAUGUUGCAUGGCACUGUAUUUGCUCGUAUGGCACCUGAUCAGAAGACACAAUUAAUAGAAGCAUUGCAAAAUGUAGAUUACUUUGUUGGGAUGUGUGGUGAUGGUGCAAAUGAUUGUGGUGCUCUAAAGAGGGCACAUGGAGGCAUUUCUUUAUCAGAGCUCGAGGCUUCAGUGGCAUCUCCCUUUACCUCCAAAACUCCUAGUAUUUCCUGUGUGCCAAACCUCAUCAGGGAAGGCCGUGCUGCUUUAAUGACUUCCUUCUGUGUGUUUAAAUUUAUGGCUUUGUACAGCAUUAUACAAUACUUCAGUGUUACUCUACUGUAUUCCGUCUUAAGUAACCUAGGAGACUUCCAGUUUCUCUUCAUUGAUCUGGCAAUCAUUUUGGUAGUGGUAUUUACAAUGAGUUUAAAUCCUGCCUGGAAGGAACUUGUGGCACAAAGACCACCUUCAGGUCUCAUAUCGGGGGCCCUUCUCUUCUCCGUUUUGUCUCAGAUCAUCAUCAGCAUUGGAUUUCAGUCUUUGGGGUUUUUUUGGGUCAAGCGGCAACCUUGGUAUGAAAUAUGGCAUCCACAUUCAGAUGCUUGUAAUACAACAGGAAGCCUAUAUGGGAAUUUUUCACAUUUGUACAAUGAAACCGAAGAUGAUCCACAUAAUAUACAAAAUUAUGAAAAUACCACAGUGUUUUUUAUCUCCAGUUUUCAGUACCUCAUAGUGGCAAUUGCCUUUUCAAAAGGAAAACCUUUCAGGCAACCUUGCUACAAGAAUUAUCUUUUUGUUUUGUCUGUGAUUAUUUUGUAUGUUUUCAUAUUAUUCAUCAUGUUGCAUCCAGUUGCCUCUAUUGACCAGGCUCUUCAGAUUGUGUGUGUACCAUAUCAGUGGCGUAUAACUAUGCUCAUCAUUGUUCUUGUAAAUGCCCUUGUAUCUAUCAUGGUGGAGAACUUCUGCCUUGACAUGGUCCUUUGGAAAGUUGUGUUCAAUCGAGACAGACAAGGAGAGUAUCGCUUCACCACCACACAGCCAGCACAGGAGUCAGUGGACUAUUGGGGGAAAUGCUGCUUGUCCUGUGCCCUGGACUGUAGAAAGAAGAUACCGAAAGCAAAGUACAUGUAUCUGGCUCAGGAGCUCUUGGUUGACCCGGAAUGGCCACCAAAACCUCAGACAACAACAGAAGCUAAAGCUUUAGUUAAAGAAAAUGGAUCAUGUCAAAUCAUCACCAUAACAUAGUCUCGGUGGGAUGCUAGUAGCAGUGUUGCACAGAAUGUAAUUUAGGACUUUCUGAUCCUGUGUGUCAGAUGGCAUCAUUUCAAUCUGUGUUCCUUCUGAUAUAGUAGGUGAUUUCAGAGCUUUUUUUUUAAAAAACAAAAGAAACAAAAAUAAAAGAUUGGCAUGCCCGCUAAAUUAAUAAUC